AAUAAAUUUAUGGUACUGCUGACAAACCAGGAAACUGUUCAGAUACUUCUCAUCAGCACCAGAUGGCAAGCACCAGCUCAAAAAAAGCCAUCCACAGUUAGCACACAGUUCACUCAAGAUGUCAAGAGAGGUCAAGUUCAAGAGUGUGCCAAGAUGGUCAAGAUGAUAAUCAAGGGAGGGGCUACUGUUGACUCCAAUUCUG